AUGUUGCCACCGACAGAAGACGAUUUCGAGUACUAUUUUGCAUUCAAUUUAAAGUUACUGUCUCUCGUAGGCUUUAAGUGUAGUUUGGAAAAGAAUGAGCAGAGCUUAAGUUUUAUCAAUAAAUUGCCAUCUUAUAUGAUGUGCAUGCAUGGAAUAAUUUUGUCUAUGUGUGAAGUUUACUUUAUUCGAGACAUAUACUCGAAUGAAAAUAAAACAUUAGUCAUGCAGAUUCUCAGUCAGGGAAUUAACAACACGUUGUGCAUAAGCAAGGGGUUCUUCUUAGCGUACUCUAUAGAGCGAAUGCAAAAUGUACUUCAAGAGAUACAGUUUCUUUGGAAAACUUACCGCCCAAGUCAGGACAAUCGAAAAAUUAUUUUGGCUGAUGCCCACCGAACUUUUUUAUUUUGUAAAAUUUAUUUUUGUGUUCUUGCAAGCUGUUGUUCCAGUUAUUUUCUCUGCUACUUACCUGCACUUUUCAAUUUAGCUCAACAAUAUCGUAACCGAGAUGCAAACAAUCAUACGUAUGAUUUUUCUCAGAGACUUGUACUUCUGAAAUAUCCCUUUGAAAUACCCAACAUACCGACUUACUUUUUGAUAGAAUUAGAAGAAGGCUUUUAUCUGUUUUAUUCAGCAGCGUUAUUUUUCGUUAGCGGUGACACUCUGUUUGCCCAAACUGUGACCCACAUUUGUUUACAGUUCAAGAUUUUAAAAUAUGACAUUGACGAAACAUUUAAUAGUGAGAGUACAGGAGAAAGAGAUCACUCAAUUUUGGUUAAUUUUGUUAAAAGACAUCGUGACCUUUUGAGAAUUUGUGCGUUGAUUGAAGAAGCAUUUAGUCCAAUUAUUCUUUCAAUGAUGCUUUUAUCGUCGCUAUCCUUGUGCGUCGGCUUAGUUGGAGUACGAGGGACAAUGGCAAAGCACAGCUACGAAGAAACUGCAGUUGUUGUUACUCUCAUGAUGUUAACAUUUCUACAGAUUUUAUUUUAUUGUACUUUUGCUGAAAAAAUAACUGAAGAGACCAGAUCACUAGCGGACGCCAUGUACAGCUGUGAUUGGACAGUGAAGAACUAUAAGCUAGGAUUAUACAUCCAACUGAUAAUUUUGAGAGCCCAAAAGCCUUUUCAAUGUACAGCAUGUGGAUUUUUUCCUAUCGGCCAUUCACAACUCAUGACAAUUAUCAAUACAGCUUUUUCAUACUACAUGAUGUUACAAACUACGAGCUAA